ACGGCUAAAGACAUUGUCUCCACCGACUGCUAACGCAACUAAGAUGAAAAAGGAGUUGGCGUUAUGUCUGUUUUUAAUGAUCGCCGGGAGAUCAUUUUGUGCAAGGAUUCUGGGCAUAGUACCGACGCCAGCACACAGCCAUCAGAUACCAUUCCUCGCCAUUAUGAGAGCUCUUGCAGAGAGAGGUCACAAGGUCACUGUCAUCACCACAGAUCCACUGAAGGACCCCCCGAAAAAUUUCACGCAGAUUGAUUUGUCUUUCACAAAGACGACCAUAGAUAUACCGAAACUUGUAAUGGAAAUUGGACAAGCAGGACCUAUGGGAGGGAUGGAAGUACUUCUGCCUGUCACUGAGACUUUGUGUAAACUCAAUUUCGAGUUACCGCAAAUAAAGAAACUAUUGGAGUUGCAAGAGAAGUUUGAUUUGGUGGUCUUGGAAACGUUCAUGCUCUGGUGUUACUUCGGUUUUGUGCACAAACUGGGCUCACCGCCGAUAGUGGGAUUUCUCUCCGCCGGACUGACUGAGACUACGAGUAGCUUCUUGGCCAAUCCAAUCAAUCCGGCUUACAUGCCGGUCCUAGCUUCGGCGUACACAGACCACAUGGACUUCUGGCAGCGCAUGGACAAUGCCCAACUGACUCUCAGGCUGUUGCACUCCUUCCAUAACGUUAUCGUGCCUUUUCAAGACCAGCUGAUACAGGAGCAUUUCGGAGCGGAUAUGCCCAGUCUGAGCGUUAUGCUGCGCAACGUGAGUCUCAUGAUAACGGGAAAUGACUUCGUGUUGGGCUAUCCUCAGCCAAUGGUGCCCGGUAUCGUGCACACAACAGGCCUGCACAUCUCCAAUGAGCGGAAACCAUUACCAAAGGACAUUCAGCAAUUCUUGGACGGAGCGGAGGAGGGGUUCAUAUUCUUCAGCUUAGGGUCUAACAUCAAGAGCAGUAACCUUCCUGAGACUAUGAGGAAUAAUUUAAUGAAGGCCUUCGCCCAAAUCCCACAAAGGGUAUUGUGGAAAUUCGAGCUGGACAAUCUCCCUGGGAAACCUGACAACGUCAUGAUAUCCAAAUGGCUGCCACAGAGAGAUAUACUCGCUCAUCGCAACAUUAGGCUCUUCUUCACACACGGUGGACUACUGAGCUUCAGCGAAGCGGCGUAUUUCGGAGUACCACUUCUCGCUAUGCCAGUGUUUGGUGACCAGAGGUACAACGUCGCCAAGAUGACGUCAGCAGGUGUAGGAGAGAAAAUAGAGUUUGGAGAACUCACCACAGAUUCUGUACUGCGAGCGAUACGGCACAUUAUCGAAAAUCCGAGCUACCAGGAGAACAUGAAGCGCUUGUCUGCUGUGUACCGCGAGCACCAGAGCACGUCCCUGGAGAGGGCGGUGUGGUGGGUGGAGUACGUGAUCCGCCACCAGGGGGCUCCCCACCUGCGCAGCGCAGCCCUCGACCUGCACUGGUGGCAGCUGCUGCUGCUCGACGUCAUAGCCUUCAUACUGGCUGUGGCGGCCGUCGCGGCGUUCCUUCUCUUCAAAGUGGUGCAGUUCUGUGCUCGAGCGCUGGGCCGUAGCAAACAAAAGAAGGACUGAGUGGAUAUCACGUGUCGUGCCUCUGAGACGCCGUUUGAUUAAAACGACGAGUUGCUAGCUGACAGGCUACAGCUACUACGUCGAAAAUGCAAGUCGAUUUCGUUGUUGCCACUUUUUUUAUUUUUUUAUUUAUAAAUUAUUUCUUUGUGUUGAUAAGAACUGAUACUCAACGUUCUGCAGGUUCCUAAAGAUUAAAAAACUGAGUAAACAAUACCCAAUUUAACACCAACUAGCAUCAGCAUGAGGAGAGGUUUAGCGCACAGUGUGUAAAGAAGUCAUUAGAGAGCGCUAGAAAAGGAUUGGUAAAGAAAGCAGUCAGGCAUGACAUCAGGAAAGCAUGUGCCUGGAACUGUGGUAGGUCGUUUGGCCAGUAUUUGUGGCACAUGAGAGUACUGGCAGAGGCGUGAUUAUUUCCUGUAUUUCAAACAUAUUAAGGAAUGCUUACCAAGCACUGUAUGAUAAUGUUCCUCAUACAGAUCAACUGCAGACAAAAGAAAUGAAUGAAGGCAAUCGCCAUUUAAUGACAGAUGGAGCUCUUUCUCUGUAAUUGCCUUCUGUUUUUAGUAUUUUCCUCUUCAGGUAGAUAUUCACACCUCUCAUUAAGACAGGGUUCUUUUCUUAGCUCAGAUGCAAACGGGUAAUAGUAAUUGUAGUCCUAUACCAUUUGGCAUGAAACAAGGAAAGGCCAUGUCGUCUUAUGGAUUACCAUGACUUAGGAAGACAUGAAAAGAGUGAUAUAGUAAUUUGCAAUGAUUUUCAGAAAAUCCAGGACACACUAUGGA